AUGUCGUCCAAGGUGGAAUCUCCUUGCACUCGGCUGCCGUCUCCUGUGACCCACAACAACCAGCAGCCCAUGACUACCACCACUCCCGUGAGCUGCUCCCCUCAUACAUUUACAUAUCACGAGUGUGACAAACCCCAAGCAGCCAGCCAAACCAGAUCUGGUUCGACAACGUGGACACCGUUUCGCACGUUACCUCAUCUGCAAACUUGGGCAUCUAAUCGCAGCAGAUACACUCACGUCGCGGUAUCGUUUGUGGACAUUUGUCUUCGCUCGAUCGGUCAAUGCUGCUUUCAAAACUCGCCCCUCUCUGGGCUCAUGUUCGUGAUAGCCCUAUGUGCGUCUGCCAGUGGCUUGGGCAUGGCAGGGCUGGCACUCCUUGGCUGCGUAUCCGCGAAUACGUUUGCCAUCUUUAUGGGGCUACCUCGCCCGUCCGUGGCCGCCGGGUUGUUUGGCUACAACGCUACACUCGUGGGCUGUGCGCUUCAUGUCUUUAUCGUUGGAGACACUCCCUGGUCAUGGGUAGCCCACGGCUACGUUCUCUUGGCUGUCCCGUGCUUGUCAGUGCUGUCGGUACUUGUAGCUUCGGCCGCCAUGUCCGUGCUGCCCCCUGGCACCCCCGGGCUCACACUGUCGUUUCAAUUGACGACGUGGAUGUGGUUGUUAGCCACACACAAUUGGUCUGUCCAUGUGUCGGCUCCAUUCGCUCCAUCUCCCCAUCUCUACCUUGUCCACAACUCUCCACCAAAUCCUUCGUACGACGCGGCAAAAGUGAGCGUCGCGGUGGCCUCUGGGAUAGCGCAGUGUUGUUUGGCGUCCGAGUGGUAUGCAGGCAUCCUGAUCUUGGUGGGAAUCGGACUGUGCUCGCCCAUAUCUGCCGCCUCUGCAGUGCUUGGAUCGACCGUUGGUACCCUCUUGGCUGUCUCCGUGGGGGCCCCUCCCGAGCAAAUUUACCUGGGAUUAUACGGGUUUAACGGGGUCUUGUGUGCGACAGCGUUGGGGGGGGUGUUUGUGUUAGCUCGGGGGGGUCGUGCCCUGCUUAUUGUGGUCGUGGGGGUGGUGUGCUCGACGCUUGCAAUGAGUGCGACGAUGGGAAUGUUUGCGCCCGUGGGACUGCCAGCUCUAUCGUGGCCAUUUACGCUCGUGACGUGGCUCGUUCUAUGGUCUGCCAAGUCCAUGAAAGGUCUGGUGUUGGUGGACUUGGCCGAAUUGCAAAGAACCCCCGAAGACCAUUUGGAACACUACGACCGACGGCAACCAGCCCUCUUGGCAGAUAGCGACAACGUCGAGGUUGUUUAAUAGUAUAUAUUAUAUACGAACAAGUUGAGUUCGUUGAAUAUAUAUAAUACUAGUACUACUACUAGUA